AACACACAAGUCGCCGGCAGAUCAGGUCAGACUGUUUCCAUUUUGACAGCUUACAGUCGGCUUUUGUCCCUCGUCGGGGCUUCUAAACACAGUGUCGUCUGGGGACAAAAAGGCUCGACUAAGAAGGAAAUCUUCCAGGAACAUGGGUACUCGACAGGAGCUGUUGUCGGGCGGCCCAGAGGUGCGCAAGCUGGAAAAGCUUUUCCAGUCUGGAGCCGGCGUUCCAGACCAGGGUUGGAGAAUCCCCCUGGACCAUGAGUUUCCGCGGAGGAAUAUGAAGCCUAAUGCCAAGCCUCGCUUCAAGCAGUUCAAAGAUCUGUACGGAGUGUUCUAUAGGUACUUUGUCUGGUGGAUAAAGAAGAAAAGUUCACACAAGAAACCAGUCAUUGAUAACCUGAACCCUGUGCAGCUUCAACAGAUUUACGGUGUACCAUUAGGUGGUCUAGGCUGUGGGAGUAUAUGCCGUGGCUGGAAGGGUGACUUCUGUAGGUGGGCACUGCUACCUGGGAUCUACAGCUAUGACAUCAAAAUGGCCAACCAGUUUACGGUGUGUAUACGUAGAAGAGGGCAGACGACGUACCAGCAGGUUCUAUCCACCAGACACCCCUCGUGUCUGACGGAGUGGAACUGGAGCUACAGCCCCGCCCACGCCUACUACCACGCCCUGUACCCCCGCGCCUGGACCGUGUACGACUUACCCGGGCAGAACAUCACGCUAACAUGUCGACAGGUGUCACCUGUGCUGCCACAUGACUACAAGGAUAGCAGCCUUCCUGCCGCUGUGUUUGUCUGGACCGCAGAGAAUCAUGGGAAGGAAGAGGUAGACAUCAGCCUGAUGUUCACCUUCCAGAAUUCCAUUGGAGCUGAAACCGACCUCUCGGGAGGUCACUGGAACGAACCAUUUUCCGUCAAUGAGGAGGGGGUCCACCCCGUAUCAGGGAUAUUGUUGCAUCACCAGCAUAAGACGAUGCCUUGCACAAUCGCCUUAGGAAUACCGCACAAGGACGGCAUCAGAGUGACCGGGAGCACGUCGUUUAACCCAGCUGGUUCUGGGAAGGAGAUCUGGAGAGAUCUGAUGUCAGACGGAGAACUGGGGUCACCAGAAGCCCCCACAAACAAGACAGUGAAAGGAGAAGCUCUGGCCGGGGCAGUCUGUGCAUCCUUCAAGCUGCCUGCAGGUGGGAAACAGGACACGGAGUUUGCUCUGGCCUGGGACAUGCCUGUCAUCAAGUUUGGUGGGUCCUGUCGCACCUACAAGAGGUGGUACACCCGCUGGUUCGGGGAAGAUGGGACAGCCGCCCCCAGACUUGCUGCACACGCCCUCAGUCACUACACGGAGUGGGAGAGAACCAUAGAGGAGUGGCAGAGGCCAGUUCUGGACAAUCAGUCGUACCCUGACUGGUACAGGUCUGCCCUGUUCAAUGAGCUGUACUACAUGUCGGAUGGAGGGACCAUCUGGCUGGUGGCGGAGGACAGUAGUGACGGACAUGUGGAGAACAACCUGCCGCCAUGGCUCAGGCAGAAAACUCCUGCUCACAUCAUGGAGUAUGGCAGGUUCGGAUAUCUGGAAGGCCAUGAGUACAGAAUGUACAACACCUAUGACGUCCACCACUAUGCAUCCUUUGCCUUAGCCAUGCUGUGGCCUCAGCUGGAAUACAGCAUCCAAUAUGACUAUGCACUGACUAUCCUGGAGGAGGACAGAAGUUGGCAGCCAGAGUUGUGGCAUGGUGGCUGGAUGCACAGGAAGGCCAUCAACGCUGUACCUCACGACCUCGGCGAUCCAUUUGAUGAGCCAUUUGUCCACGUCAAUGCCUACAUGAUCCACGACACAUCCGACUGGAGGGAUCUGAACCUGAAGUUUGUGUUACAAGUCUUCAGGGACUACUUUGUUGGUCGUGAUAAGGACUUUCUAGCCUUCAUGUGGCCAAGAGCCCAGGCUGUUAUGACCAAAGCCCUGACAUGGGACACAGAUGAAGAUGGGAUGAUAGACAACAGUGGGGCAGCCGACCAGACGUACGAUGCCUGGAUUGUAACAGGAGCAAGUGCGUACUGUGGUGGGCUGUGGCUGGCUGCCCUGAGGUGUAUGGUGGAGAUAUCUCACAUCCUGGGGAAGGAGGAGGAGGAACAACAUUACCUGGCAGUCAUGCAGAGGGCCAAAACUGCUUAUGAAGAGAAACUUUGGAAUGGGGAGUAUUACAACUAUGACUGCAGUGGGAGGUCCUACUCCAACUCCAUCAUGGCGGGGGCCGGGUCGGGACACUGGUACAUCCGCGCCUGCGGGCUGGUGCCAGAGGACAACGAAGUCAUGGACUCAGACAGGGAGGUGCUGCCAUUGGACCACGUGGCGAGUUCGCUGAGGAAAGUGUACGACUUCAACGUGAUGCAGUUCCACCAGGGCACCAUGGGAGCUGUGAACGGGAUGCGCCCCAGCGGGAAGAAGGACCUGACCAGCAUGCAGAGUGAGGAGGUUUGGACCGGCAUCACGUACGCACUGGCAGCCAGUAUGAUACAGGAGGGUAUGUUGGAGGAGGGUUUCCAGACAGCCUAUGGUGUGUACAACAUGUGUUACCGCCAGUGUGGCUUCGCCUUCCAAACUCCGGAAGCCUACCUGGAGAAGGACUUCUACCGCUCGCUGGGCUACAUGCGACCUCUGGCCAUCUGGGCCAUGCAGUGGGCCCUGGAGGGCAGGCACAGGGCAAGGGUCACCAGUAGCUAAAGGUUAGGGGCAUAGGUCACAGGUCAGGGCAUAGGUCACAGGUCAAAUGUAUCAGUAGAUACUGGUUUUAAAGCCCCUUUCGGGGACCUUUCCUCGAACAACAGCCGAUCAAGGUUGGCUGAAGUUUGGGAGCAGUCUGACCAGAUUUAGUCCAUGUCUACCUCUUUCUUUAUACAAAUCAAAUCAAACUUGAGUUAAAUAUAGUCAAAUUUGAAUGUCAUCUGCACCCCGAACUACUCUUGAACACCAGCCAACCAUGGCCGAACUUGAAACAUUUGACUGGUACCUCCAAACAGUAGCCUGCCUGGCCGAACACCAGCCAACCUUACCUUGCUGCAGGCCUACUCCUAAGUCAUAACGGUUACCAUUGUUGAGGAUUUCAGGUAGUGUUCCAGAGGUCAUAUUCGUAAGAGUGUGACAGAGGCUUUACAGGGUACUAGAAGUACAUUUACUGACAAUAGGUACAUGUACAUGUACAUGUAGUUACAUUAAUUUGUACUUUAGGGCAUGAUUACACAUGACAUUGUUCUUCUCGGCCUUGAAGUACAAUGUAAGUAUACGUCCAAAAAAUUGCAAGGUAAGAUUGUGCCAGGAAACAUUUUGCCUUUUGUUCUUUAUACAUGUAGGCAUUGGCAAU